GACGGGCGUCAUUGCGUCAGAACCGGAAAAGCGCUGUUAGCAUUCGGCUAAAAACACAGGCAGCUCCACUGGAAGAUUGAUCAAAAAUCAUCUCAAUCGGAUUCUCUGAUCGAUUAAAGGUGAAUGAUUGAGGAUCAGCGCGCGACUGCAGACUCGCGUCGAUUGGAAAGCACGCGAUGGAUGACAAUAAAAUGGUUGCUGGAAAAGUGAAGAAACCAGGCAAACGCGGCCGCAAACCUGCCAAGAUCGACCUGAAGGCCAAGCUGGAGAGAAGCCGGCAGAGCGCUAGAGAGUGUCGCGCCAGGAAGAAGCUACGCUACCAGUAUCUGGAGGAGCUGGUGUCCAGUAAAGAGAGAGCCAUCUGUGCACUGAGAGAGGAGCUGGACAUGUACAAGCAGUGGUGUCUGGCCAUGGACCAGGGGAAGAUCCCAUCCGAAAUCAAAGCCCUCCUCACCGGAGACGAGCAGAAAGCACCGCAGAGCACCAGCAACAAGAUCCCCAAGAACGGCAAGUACGGCUCCGGCCAGAACAAGACGUCUUAGACGGGUCCGGAGCGCGUGCGUUUGGAUGCGUGAAUGCGGACAGUGUUGACUCACAGUGUUUGUCUGUCGUUUUGUAGUAAUGGGACGUUUGAAAUAAGCUUUUCUGUUUGCAUUCACAAUAAUACCACCGUUCAGACAUUAGAGCUUUAUUCCUGUUGAUUUGACGUGAUUCGCGUUCAUUUCUUGUGUUGAUUUGUGAGCGUUCUGUGUGACUCGUAAACAUUUCCUCCUCCUUUAUAUAUUUAUUUUGGAACCGUUCUGGUACCAAAUCAUUUGUGAUGAAGGAUGCAGCCUUCGUGAGUCCAGUUUACCACUGGAUAAAAAAAAUAAUAAAGGUAAUUGUGCCUUUUUAUCACACAAUAUUGAGUUUGUGUGUCACAAUUCGAACUUUUUUUUCUAGUAAAUCUAAGAAAAAAAGGCAGAAUUGCGAGAUAUUAACUCGAAAUGGCAAGUUUUGAGCUUAGUUCUUCUGUAUACUUGCUAAAUUGUUGAUAAAAAAAAUCUAACCAAAAAUACAAGUGCAAGAUAACUCAAAGAAGCCAGAAUGCUGUGUUUAUAUCUGGCAGAACCGUGAGAUACAAAGUCACAAUUUCCUGUUUUUUUUUUUUCUCGUUAUUCCAUGGUGGAAGCAAGCUCCCGUGUUACAGAAUGAGACGAUUCGUCACUCGAGAGCAGGGCUGGAGAGUUUAGCUCCAAAACCCCAAUCAGACACCCCUGAAGCAGCUCAUCAAGCUCUUACUGGGCAGGUGCGAGUCGAGACGAGUUGGACAGCCCUGCUCUAGUGUGUGUAGAAUGGGUUGAUUCCACUGAACCUAUAGGCAGAGAUGUUAAAAGACAGACUUUUGCCAAAAUCUCUAGCUCAGCUUUUGCACUUUACGAGAUUUUAAAGAUUUCAACGCAUAGCACUUCCCUUUUCUCUUGUACAAGUAGAGUUUGUCUGCGUCCGUUGUUGAUCGCGUAUUUAUUUCACUAACCGAAACUUAAAGCACUUUCCUUCGAAGCUCUAAUUUUUGUACUUUAUUUGAAAGUUUAAUCUUUCUGCUUUAUCUGGAAGGUUUGCCAAAAACAAAAACGACAAAAUAGCUAAUAUUUCGGCACAGAUCUGAACGAAUGUGAAACCCUUUCAUCAGUGUUGAUCAGCCCAAACACAGAGAUGUAGAAGUGUUUCGAGAGAAGUUCAGGUUUUAAUGAACGAGAAACACUUUCCUCUGCCUUUUCCUUGUGACUCUUGCCUCUGAUUCUCGCUGGCAUAAUCAAUAAUAUUUAGAGCUCAAAUGUAUAUUUUUAUAUGGCGUGUAUAAAAUGUAGAUUGAAAUUUGUUGCAAGAUGAUGCUUAUUAAUGCUGAACGUCUUAUUAAACGAUGUAGCUUUGCUUUGUGAUCAUGAACAUAAAAACGUUGAAUCCGAA